CGGAAACGGAAACGGGGACUCUCGCCCCUCCCAUCGAAACGGAAGUUUACUGCGAGAAGUGGGCGCGAGAGAGGUAUCCGGACACGGGGCUGCCCCGGGCCCUGCCCUUCUCGCUACCCUCUGCCCCCUCUCUCGACCAAUUGCCCUUCUCUACACCACUGCUCUUCUCUCUACACCACUGCUCUGCUCUCUACCCACUGCAAUUCGCUUUACAUCUGCCUCUUCUCUCUACCCACUGCCCCUCUCUCUACCCCCUGCACCUCUCUGUACCCCCUGCCCCUCUCUGUACCCCCUGCCCUUCUCUCUAUCAGCCCCCCACGGGCCCUGAUCCCCGCUCGGCCCCCUCCCCCCCUUCAAACUCCCUCAGGUCCCCUCGCCCCCCCCCCCUCCCCUCCAUGGCGGGGUUUCUGGAUAACGUGACGACCCCGGGCCCGGGGACUCGGACCCCUGGGGUCCCCACGGUCCCCACGACCCCCGGCAACAUCUCCGAGCCGCACUCGUGUCUCUACAUCCUGUACGAGGACAUCGGGGAGUCCAGGGUGCGAGUUUGGGAUGUCAUCCUUCUCAUCCCCAACGCUCUCUUCUUCCUCUUCCUCACGUGGAAGUUCCGCAGCGUGCAGCUCAAGCUCCGCGCCAGCGCCAGCCCCAUCUUCACCACCUUCUACCUGCUGGUGCUGCUCGUCGCUGUGGUUGGCAUCGUCAGGGCGAUCGUCUCAAUGACCGUGAGCACCUCCACCAGCGCCACCGUGGCCGACAAGAUCCUGUGGGAGAUCUCACGAUUCUUCCUCCUCGCUACGGAGCUCAGCGUCGUCAUCUUCGGCCUUGCGUUUGGCCACCUUGACAGCAGGGCCAGCGUGAAGCGAGUUCUGGCCACAACCACCGUACUUGCCCUUGUGUACUCACUAACACAGGGUGCCCUCGAGAUCCUCUACCCGGACGGACAUUACUACCUCUCGGCCGAGGACUUCAACAUCUACGGACACGGGGGUCGGCACUUCUGGCUCGCCAGCUCCUGCUUCUUCUUCCUGAUCUACUCGGUCAUCGUGAUUCUGCCGAGGACUCCAAUCCGACACAAGAUCUCUCUCCCAUCGAGGCAGAGCUUCUACUGGUACUCCGCAUUCCUGUCGGUGCUCAACCUCGUGCAGGGGGUGGGGAGCGCCCUGCUGGUGGCCAACGUCACUGCGGGGCUGUGCCUGGUGGACGUCACCACCUUCCUCUACUUCACCGCGUUUGCGCCGCUGCUGUACCUCACCUUCCUGCGCGGGGUUUUUGGCGCGGAGCCCACGAUCCUCUUCUCCUACAAGUCCCAGGUGGACGACGGGGACGAUGCCGACCUCACGCUCCCGCAGACCGUUGUCCGCGGCGACCAGGGCGGCGCCCGUAACUACGACAACACCGCGCUGGACGGCGGUGCGGGGGGCGGAGGUGGGGAGUCUGUGUUCCUGGACGACGCGUUGGGGGCGGUCGGCCUCCCUCCUACUGGCAGCAUCAACAGCGGGGAGCAGUGGCGCGUUCAGUUUGACUCCUAGGGGCGCACGCGUGCUCGCCUGUGUACAGUCGCGCGUGUACACGUGAGUAGACACGCGUGCGUGCGUAUGUAUGUGGGGAGCGGUAGCGCAGCGGUUAGCGCGCUGCGCUAGAAACCCAGCAAAGACCCGAGUCCGAUUUCCACUCACCGCCUACACCGGUGACGAAUAUCUGAACCAUUCCCGGGCCUCCCCGAGGUCGACUCAGCUCUAAAUGAGUACCCAAUGUGAUGUGUAAUUAACAUCAUCACUGGGGAGACAAAGGCAGCCGGGCGUGGUGCUGGCCACCCACCCCUUCGUGUGCCGUGCUGACCUUCAGUGGUGCUCGCAAACAUCACUUGCCCCUACAGCCUCUUAAGGCUACAUGAGACACGUUUGUCUUCGUGUACAUGGACAAGCCCUUGACAUGUGGUAGACAGCUGCAGACACACCCUGCCUGAUGCGGCCCAGACUACAAGCGGAUUUGACAGCUCCUGUUUGGGUGGCGGAGCAGGAAGAGGAGGAGGACACGAUCCUUGUUGACGACGCGGAGAGUUGGCGUCAAGUCUGGGAGAGGAGGAGGAGGUGGUUUGACCCCACCCGGUCAGAGAUGCGAGAUGACCGCAAGUGUCUCCCGUGCCCCCCCUCUCCCCCCGCUCCCCUUACCCGCCCAGCACAAACAUUCCUACUUACAUUCCCGGCGUGCCCCCCUCCCCGCGUUCACCAGCCUCCCGCUUCUCCCACGAGGUUGGCGCACCCCAACCCGAGUCUCCCACUCCUCCAUGCCUCGCCCACCCAACUCCCCCUGUGUCUCCCGCCACAGCUGUUGUGUUGCUCAGCACCCACCCCCCCCCCCCACCUUUACCCCCCACAUCCACUACCUCCCGUCCCCCCCCCUGUCCCCCCAUGCCCAAUGGCUGUAAUCAUAGCCCAUGUGAAUUUCUCAUUCAAUUGAAUGUUAUUGCGACCGCGCGUGCGACCAACGUGUGCGACCAACGCGUGCGCGAUGCGUGACGUGCGUGGAGGAGUGUGCGCGGUGGCGGGUGGGGGUGGGGGCAUGAGCCACGUGCUGCCUCUCCACGGCCGGACAGUGGUGGCGGCGGCAGCGACGGUGGCGGCGGCGGCAACGGCGUUGUCACCGCGGUUUUACAUUUUAACGGAGCAUUUGGCGGCGUGACACGGCGUGACGGGGCCCUGUGUCGGUGCCACCGCUUAUGUCGCCGCCACGUUGCCCGCUCGACCCCGAGCCGCGACCCGGAGUCGAACUUUCACAUUGAGUUGCACUUUUAAAGACGAAUUCUGUAUUAAACUGAAAACUGCAAAUGCCUA